AUGAAGAUCUCAUGGGAUCCUAUAGAAAUGUUUACUGGUGGGAACUUUACGGUGUUUUAUAGAUUUGAUGAACAGAAUUGGAAAAAGUGUGUCCACUAUGUCUAUGAUCAUGGAUACGUAGUUGGUUGUAUUUUUAAAAUUGAAGGACGUGAAUUUGAUAUUUCUAUCAGAGAUACAAAUGGGACAAAGGAAUUUUACCAGGAUUUUAAACUAUCGAGCAUAAAAUUCUUGAAGCCCAAAUCUCCUCAAAAUGUAACCUUCCUCUGGAAACAUGACAAAGUGAUCAUAGAACAUAGGCCACCUUUCGCUCUACAUUGUUUUAUAUUGGAAUAUCAGUACAAAAGUGAAUUUGAUGAAGAUUGGUUUAGGAAAAAUGAAAGCGGCAAGUUUGAAAUACAAGGUUUGGAUCCAGUGAAGUGCUAUUCCUUCCAGUUUAGGGUGAGAUUCAUAUGCAGUAGAUCUUCUUAUCCAAGUGAAUGGGGACCAAAAAUGCAUUGGAAAAAUAGCAGUUCCAUAGAUUCCUGUGAAGCUGAUGACUUCAAUCCAGAUUUAAAUAUUGUUCUCCCGUCAAGUUUGGUGAUGGCUGGCCUCCUAAUCAUGACAGCCAUUCUGCUUUAUAUCUGCAGGCUGAAGAAAAUUAGAAAAACUCUAAUGCCAGUAAUACCAGACCCUAAAAAUUCUGAUUUGUUCAGGGAUCAUAAUGGAAACUUCCAGGAGUGGAUUACUAAAACUGAGAAUGUGCUGCCUGAAACACAAUUAGAAUGUAUAAUUGAAGAGGAAAAAGAGGAAGAUCUCCAACAAGCUAAAGUGGAGGUCAAAGGAUUGGAGCUUGGGCUUGCCAACAUCAUCACUUAG